AUGGCCAAAGAUCACGGACAAGUGGUAUCAUGGUACAUUUGUACCGCGGUGGCCUUCGUUUUCGUCGUUGCGAGGCUAUGGGUUCGCAUCAGCAAGUUCAGGAGUCUGGGUAUCGACGAUGGCUUCAUCAUCCUGGCUUUGUGUUGCCUCAUUGGUGACCUGGUCAUCCAGCAGCACAUGUUCAACCUGGGCAUGUCUGAUAUGGCCAAUGUCGACCAUGAACAAAUGAAGAAGAUCAUGCAAAUGAUUGUACCUGGAUCCGUACUUUAUGUCACCACCUUAUGGGCUAUCAAGAUUGCGCUGGUCAUCUUCUACAAGCGCAUCGCGGCGGUUGGCUCAACACUCCAGAAGAUCUACAACGGCGCCUUGUGCGUGCUUGUCGCUUCGUGGGCAACCAUCUUCUUUCAUAUCCUCUUCCAGUGCUUCCCUCACGACAAGCGCUGGUCGCAGGAUCCGGACUACCAAUGUGACCCACGAAAUGCUGAGAUCAACUACUGGUUGACAAUCAUCCUCAACAUUGGCACUGAUGUCAUCCUCAUCAGCUUGCCCAUCUCCAUGGUCAUGAAGCUUCAAAUGAAGUUGAAGCAGAAGCUGGGUGUAGCUGCCAUCUUCGCCCUCGGCUUUCUCGUCGUCAUUGCAAGCAUUAUUCGCGCGUACUACUCGAAGCGGAACGAGACCAUGCUCACCUGUACCGUGUCCAUGAUCGAGGCUUCAGUAGCCAUCAUCGCCACCUGUCUCCCUCCCCUACGGACCCUUUUCCUCGGCCACUUCUCCUCUGCAGGCACCAACUCAGGCUACCGACACUACGAGCUUUCGUCCGCUGGCCACGCACGGAGUCGACGCACGCAGCAGAGCCGCAUCACCACCAACAUUGUUGGAGGUACACACAAGAGCAACGACUCGGAGGACGAGCUUGUCAAGGACCCAGCGCGCACAGCGCCUCCCAGCGGGGCCGUUCUGGCAGAAGAAAAGGGUGGAGGCAUCGUCGUGAGCACGACGUUCCAGAUGGAUCAUGGAACAGAUGUGGAGUCAAACAGGUCGACACCGCUGUUUCAUGCUCAGUAG